CCACUCCGCGUUUUGCCCUGCCCUUGUGCGCUCUGCUCGCUGUGCAGCGCGCGUCUCCCAUGCAUAUUGCUUCCCUCUCGCUGUCAUAAAGACAGGACAGCUGUACAAGAGAGAAGUUGUUGGCACACCGAGCACCAGCAGGUUGCAUCCUCACCAGGAUCGUGUCGCUUUACGGAGUAGUGUGGACUUCUUUUCUCUUCUCUGUCGGAAAAUGUGGCGGACGCAUCAGUAUCUUAAGUGAGGAGUUAUCUUAUUUGCAAAUCAGCACCUGACACCGUGCUCUUUUCUUAAAAAAAAAAAAAAAAAUCUCCAAAUAAAGCCUUUGGAUCUCUCUAAUUCCAACGGAGCUCGUAUUUCUCAACCAGACGUUUUUUAUUAUUAGGAUUUCACUGAUGUGUGCGAUGUGGAGACUCCGGGUCAUCUUAUGUACUCUGUCGGUGCUGUCCCUGUCAUCUGCUGGAGAAAGCAAAGCGCGGAGCUGCAGCGAGGUUAGACAAGCUUACAGCGCCAAAGGAUUCAGCCUCCUCCAUGCGCCUCAUCAGGAGAUAUCAGGUGAGCACCUGCGUGUCUGUCCUAAGGGUUACACCUGCUGCACGUCUGAGAUGGAGGACAAACUCAGCCAGCAAAGCAAACAUGAACUUGAGCUUAUGGUUGAAAACAGCAGCUACAACAUGAGAACAACUUUUAUCUCUAGACAUAAAAAAUUUGAUGAGUUUUUCCUGGAGCUGCUGGACAACUCUGAAAAAUCUCUCAACAGUAUGUUCACAAAGACAUACGGGAAGCUGUAUAUGCAGAACUCUGAGGUGUUCCAGGACCUCUUCACUGAACUAAAGCGCUAUUACACUGGGGGCAACGUCAACUUGGAGGAGAUGCUGAAUGACUUCUGGUCCAGGCUGUUGGAACGCAUGUUCCAGUUGCUCAACUCCCAGUAUCACUUUACAGACGACUACCUGGAAUGUGUCACCAAAUACACAGACCAGCUAAAGCCCUUUGGAGAUGUGCCCAGAAAACUGAAGGCUCAGGUCACCAAAGCAUUUAUUGCUGCACGGACGUUUGUCCAGGGGCUAAUGGUGGGUCGCGAGGUUGCCAACAGGGUUGCCAAGGUGAACAUAGUGCCAGCUUGCGUCAGAGCCUUGACACAGAUGCUGUACUGUCCGUACUGCCGUGGCAUGCCUGGGCUAAAGCCUUGUCACAAUUACUGUUACAACGUUAUGAGGGGCUGUCUCGCAAACCAGGCAGAUCUGGAUACUGAAUGGAACCUGUUCAUUGAUGCCAUGUUGGCAGUAGCAGACAGACUGGUGGGUCCUGUGAACAUUGAAGCAGUAAUAGAGCCAAUCGAUAUUAAAAUCUCAGAGGCUAUAAUGACGAUGCAGGACAACAGCAUGCAGGUAUCAGCAAAGGUUUUUCAAGAGUGUGGUCAACCAAAGCCUUCUUCAAUUGGCAGGUCUGCGCGGGGCAUCUCAGAUUCAUUUGGUAGUCGCUACAGACCCUUUACCCCGGAACAGAGACCUACGACUGCAGCUGGAACAAGCUUGGAUAGACUGAGGGCUGUUUGGAAGACAAUGCAACACAGUGUGAUUGACAUCAAAGACAAGUUACUGGAGUCCAAGAGAUUCUGGUCGAAAUUACCAGAUGACAUCUGUGCAGAAAGCAAACUGUCAGCGUCUGAUGAAGAACAGUGCUGGAACAGCCACACAAAGGGCAGAUAUUUCCCUGAAGUGGUUAAGGAGGGUCUCACCAACCAGGUGAACAAUCCAGAGGUGAUUUUGGACAUCACCCGACCGGACACACUGAUUCGGCAGCAGAUCAUGACUCUACGAGUCAUGACCAACAAGCUAAAGAAUGCCUACAAUGGAAAUGACAUCUCCUUUCAGGACUCCAGUGACGAGGGCAGUAGCUCCGGAAGUGGAAGUGGAUGUUCUGAUGGCUGCACGACAGAGUUUGUUUUUGUAGGAACAGAAGCUCCAGUGAUCGGAGCUGACAGAAGCGAUGAACGGGCGGCAGCUGCUGCUGCGGGCCAGUCAUUCUCCUGUGGACCCUCCACAAUGCUGGUGAUGGGUGCCCUCACAUUCCCACUCUGGGCAGCACAGACCCAAUGGAGAUAAUACAGUGUGGCCUGAUCUUUGACUCUUAUACUGUUAGCAGUAUGUUUCACAGCUACCCUGCUGUUUCCUCACUGGACAUGUAGAACCUCCUGGAAACAUGUCAAGAAUGGCUGACUAUAUGGUGUGGUAAGGUUGGAAGUGAAUGCAGUGCUGAAUCUUGCUUGUCCCCCAAAGAAUGUCCGUUGCCAUCAGUGAAGCAGCUUUUACCAUCUCUGAAAAUAUGAAAAUGUGGUGUUUUCUCAUCAUCAUGUGAGCUCUAAAAAACAUGCUUCUCCUUUAGGAAUCCAAACUAUGUUCACAUGGCUCUA